AUGACGGGCUCACCGCACGUCGGGCAGUCCUACCCGCGGGAUCGGUCUUCUCGUCACUCGCUCCCAUCGGGCUCCUCAAAUCCUCCCGCCGCCCAGCUACACCAUGCUUCUUCCCGAUCGAGCAACAGCACAUCCAACAGUCGUUUCGCAUCCCACAGCAACAACAGCUCGUCCAGCAACCUCCAGUCUCCCCACUCUCCCCAAAAGACGCAAAACUAUCCCAGGUUAAAACAUUCGAGCCGUGCCUCGCUGGGCAGCGACCGACCUGCAUCUUCUCGUAUGUCGAGAACCCCGAACCCCGACGACCCUAGACAAAACACGCCCGCCAUAUCCAGCUACUUGCAGGAGAGAUUGCGACAAGAAAGGAGGUCAGAAACCCUGCGGUCGGGUUCCAGCCGCGCCGGUAGCAAUGACACGAUGAGCACUUCCGACAGGCACAUGCAAGCCCUUCAGAGCUCUCCCGUUCGUGCUUCCACUUCCGAUGGACCCCGACCGCGCUCAAGCAGCGGCCAUGAUGCGGCGAGAAGGAAGGCCGUGGGUCUGCGAGCCUCGGAGCUGAAGCUCGAGAGUGUACUAAACGAAAACUUUGACCUGAAAUUCGAACUGUCUAAACGUCGUGAAUUGAUGCCGAAACUCGAGGCUGAAGUGGCCGGUCUAAAAUCCACAGUUGACAAGCUGCAGUCCACCGUUGGCGAACUAAAGUCUCAGAAGAAAGAGGUGGAGGAGGUGAACGACAGGCUCGUUCAAGAGUUGGAGAAGCGAGACGAUGCCAUCCGCGAUGCCGUGGCUAUGAUUGUCAGCCUGGAGGCGACGGUCGAAAAGCUUCAGAAGGAACGCGAUAUCAUCAGAUCCCUGAGUGCCGAAACCUACGACCAACUGCCCGAGCCCGAAGACUCUGACGAGGGCGCACUCACCAGGAUGCCGAGCUUCUUGAACGAUCCGAGCGAGAAGACAGAAAACCUGCGGAAUGCUUAUCUUGCACCACGUGCCAGCACCCUGAGCUUUAAGCGCGCUUCGGAUUCUGCCAUGAACGACGAUGAUGCGCCGGAUCAUAAGUUGAUGUCCACGCCCAGUCUGAGUGUUCUUAGCGAAAGCUCCUUUGUCAGCGUCUACGGACAAAAGCCGUUCCUGAACAGCUCGUCCUCGCCCCCGGAAAGGUCCACGGAAUAUGAGACAACAAGGAACCCUCCCGCCGCGAUUCCACGGGCCAUUACGCCCACCAGAAAUCGUCGAUACAGCUCUGGCUCUGCUUCGCGGGGUCCAUCCGGAUCAUUUUCGAUUGGCGAAGUUUCUGAUCGCUCCCCGCUGUCAAACCUCCAGCGGAGAUUACAAUAUCAUGACUCGUCCAUGUUGAGCGAUCUGUCGGCCGCUAACGGCGGUACCCCGGCGAAUCAAAGGAACGAGUACAGCAGCCCGCAACUACCAGCGAUGACCUUGGAACAACAGCAGCAGGCUCGUCAGCGUAUGAAACAGGAGAAAAGAGAGGCAUUGCGAAGGGUCAUGACAGACGGUCCCAGGGAUUUGGGUGCUGCAUUGCCACCCACGCCAGAUACCAUCUCGACUUCGACUUUGCGGCGGUUCAAGAACUCUAAUGACACGCUCUCGCAGCCCGCUGCGUCGAUUCAACAACAUGAUAUUGGCCCCAGUGAUCGUAACCAGCCGGCCACGGCGGAGAGCACAAACUCUAGGUCGAGCAGCCAAACUACAAUGGGAGAAGCGGCGAGCCAGGCUGCUUCAGUGUCUGCCUUCAACGGGAGGAAGGGUUUGGAGAAUUCGCAAAAGAGCCUGUAUACAGGCUCCCAGACGACUAUUCCGAUGCGUCCUCGCUCCGCAAGUGACACAACCACAUCCAAGGACAUCAGGGACGAGAACGGAUGGGGCUCAGACAGCUCCGACGACGACAAUGUCAACGACGGCGCGACAGUCUCGACGUAUGACUACUGGAUGCGCGAAGGUCUGAAGCCGAACCGCGCUUUCCCGCAUAAUGCUGCUGCUGUUAACAUGGACAACGGCGAUGAUCUGGGUGGCCGCGUGUCUCCGGACCUUUUCGCCUUCCCUCGUGCAGCGAACGGUUCUGGUGGGUGGGCUAGCGAAGCCAUGUUUGGAAACCUUGGUGGAGCUGGCUUCCUCGGCGCGGGCACGACCUCUCCUCCGACAUCACAUGCGCUCGAUGCCCUAGGCGCAUCGCUGCCCACCCCUCAGGCGGGCUUUUUCGGUUCUGGUCUCGCAUCUCCUGGGCCCUCGGCCUCCACAACGGUACCGCCGCCACCUCGGCGGUCAAGCCUUCAUGCCCGAACCGGAUCCAGUCCCAUUGUGACUCGCCCUCCGUCUCGCCAGGCCCCUGCCAACGGGAAGCUUCGCAAGUCGCCGGUGCGCAGCAGCAUGUCACGAAGCAACAGUGUGGAUUAUAGCGUCCAGGCGCCCCCGACUCCGACUCUUGCAUCACCUCCGACCGGCAACACUCCGGAUCCUAGCAAACGUCACUAUCCGCCGAUUUCCGGCUCCCAGCAGCAGCACGCACGACGCCUGAGCGGUUUGAACUUGUUCCGUCGCAGUACUGGGGCCGUCGACAAGGAGAGGGAAACGGGUUCAUCCAGUGCGCCGCCAUCCGAGGUUUCCCUUCGCAACGCUUAUCCCCCGCCAAUGUCGCCCAACUCUGUGGCUGUGGCUGCAAACGAGCACGUGAACAUUGGAAUGCCGUCCUGGGGACGUCGCUCGGACUUGGCGGAUGAGGGUCUUUCGAGCGCAACGCCCCCGCCAAUCAUGCGCAAUCCAAACCAACAUGGCGGUGGCGGCUCCGUAUCGACCAGGAGGGGUUCUCUGACGCCCGGGCUUGAGGAUGUGAUGGACGAGUAUGGCAGCAGCGGUGCGCCAUUGUCGCCGCAGGUGGCCGUCCCCCCUCAGUCGCCGGCGGUCACGUCUCCGCCUACGAACACCGAUUCGCCCGGCAAUGGCGGACGGAAGCGGGGCUGGUUGGGUGGCUUGGGAAGAGUUGGGAGUCUGCGCAACCGCGCUGGCUAG